AUGAUCGCAAAGUCAUGGACCAUUCGACUUGGAGUUCUCGUUCCCUCGUCCAACACUGCUCUGGAACCCCUCACCCACGCCAUUCUCGAUUCCAUCAACGCCCAUCUUGCCAAAUCUCCCAAUCCAGUCAAAGUCAAAGUUACAGCACAUUUCGCCCGAUUCCCCGUAACCACAAUAUCCCUAGACCCAAAUGCGCUUUCUCAAUUCGAUCUGCCACCCAUCAUCGCCGCCGCUAAACUUUUAGCACAUGCGAAGGUCGAUGUGAUAGGCUGGAGUGGCACAUCUGCCGGUUGGUUGGGGUUUGAAAGGGAUGAGGAAUUGUGCAAGGAGAUUGAAAAGGAGACGGGGAUAAAAGCUACAAGCAGUGUGGUCGCGUUGAACAAGGCGCUUGAGAUUUGGGGCCUUAAGAAAUUGGGAUUGAUAACGCCAUAUACGGAUGAUGUCCAAGCAAAGAUUAUAAAGAACUACGAGCGGAUAGGCGUCCAAAUUGGUGCUGCAGAAAAGCAUCUGGAGAUCAAGGAGAAUACAGACAUUGCCCAGGUUUCAGAAGCUGUUCUCGACAGCUGUGUUGAAGAAAUCAAGUCUGCGAAUGAAGUCGAAGCACUCACGACUUUCUGCACGAAUCUUGUGGCAGCGCAGAGAGCACCUUUCUGGGAAGAGAAACACGGAGUUCCAGUAUUCGAUACCGUUACAACUGUUAUUUGGGAUAUGCUACGGAUGUGUCAAUUGGAGAGCAGGAUAAAAGGUGCAGAAGGAUGGGGUAUGAUCUUCGAAAAAUAA